AUGCGGUCGCCGAUCAACAUCAGGACCCUCCGGGACAUGGCCCGCAGGGAGCAGUUCGCAAGCACCGAGCUGCUCCGGAGGGCGUACCUCUACCUGGCCAGGAACGAAGGCCUGCCGAUGAAACUCCGGGCCCAGGCUCAGCUCUCGCUCAACAACCUCCCCUCGGACUCCCACCCAACCAAGAUCCACGAACGAUGCAUCCUCACCGGCAAGGGCAGGGGAGUCAUCGCCAAGCUGGGCCUCUGUCGACACCAGCUCAAGCUCAAGGCGACCAGGGACAAGUGGAUGGGCUUCGAAAAGGCAGUCUGGUGA